AUGGAAGAAAUUGUUCGGGGUUUUGGUUUCGUAGAGCCAAUUUUACCUCCUCAAAGGAAUCCUGAGCAAGAGGCACAACUCUUUCUACAACAUGGGUCUCAGAGACGGGAUAGACUACGGCAACCUAUGGAACAACAGCCUAGACCCUUUGAUGGUAUGCGCCUUUCAAUCUUCUCGGCCACUGAUUCAGGUUCUGGUGCUUCCUCUUCUUAUCACAAUCAAGCUAGACCCUCUUCUCCUUUGAGACCUUCCUUUCCUAUGACUAGUGAUGGUGCUAGUACUAGUGGUGUUAAGAAAAGAUAUCGUCGUACACCUACUUUGGUUAUAAAUUCUGAGCCGCUUAUUUCUGAUGCUGAUUUGGAGGACAAGGUGGUUACCUCUCAAGCGGAUGAUAUUGUCUCUGUUGAUGAUGAACCCACUGCUUCAGCCCUAAAUAAUGUUUGGGACAUUGCUGCAGCCUCUGCUUAUAAUGCACAGAAUCACACUGAUGCAUGGCAACAGGUGAUUGUCAAAACUUUUCCUUCCUUUUCCAAUUUUGCUUUGUUAUUUCUUUUACUGUUUUCUUGCAGUCUUUUUUUCAUUCUCUCUAUUAUUGCUGUCAUGAAAAUUCUUUCCUGGAACUGUCAAGGUAUAGGAAACCCUUAUACCCGGGAUUACCUUCAUUUCUGUUUGACCAACAACGACCCUGAUAUUUUUCUCUUGUGUGAAACCAAAGCUCAGUCUAAUAAUAUGAGGUUUUAUCUUUCUAUAACUAAUUAUCCUCAUUACUGGUUUCAUCCCGCUUUGGGUCUCUCUGGAGGUAUCUCUCUUGGCUGGAAAAAUGGAAUUGAUAUGGAAAUCAUGCAUACAACCUCAAAAACUAUCCAUGCUAUUGUCCACACUCAUGAUAAUAAUAUGGAUUUCUUGAUAACCUUCAUGUAUGGUGCUCAUGAUGAUACAGAAAAUGCUAACCAGUGGCAAUAUCUUAUUACUAUGCAUUUGUUUGUUGAUCUUCUUUGGGUUCUUAUUGGUGAUUUAAACUUCACUAUGCAUGACUCUGAAACUCAUAGCUCUAGUGUCACUCAUCCUCAUCAUGAUAGACAUGUUAGAAAUUUUGUUCAGCAUCUAGGUCUUAUUGACUUAGGUUACUCAGGAGCUGACACAACUUGGUCAAAUCAUCGUAGUGGAGAUGAUCAUGUCUCUGCUCGUCUAGAUAGAGCUUUAGUGAAUAAUCGCUGGAUCAACCACUACACAAAUGCACACCUUCAAAAUUUAGUACCUGUUGCUUCGGAUCACUGCCCGAUUCUGCUACAUACAGUACAUUCUGCUACAAAACAUUCUCCUUUUAAAUUCUACAAGUGUUGGUUUAAAAUGGAUUCAUGUUCUGAUACUAUUGCACGCAGCUGGCAACAUCGUUUUUCGGGGUCUCCUUCGUUUCAGUUUUCCAGUAAAUUAAAACUAACCAGAACUCAGCUGCAGAUAUGGAAAAGGCUUUCUUUUGGCAACAUCGAGAAUAACCUUCAAAAUAUUCAGAAGCAGCUUUAUUUUUGCUAUGACUGCAAUUUGCCUUCUUCUCAUCCCAAAGUUAAGCAUCUAAGCUCUUCCUUGCAGCAAUGGCUUUCGAUUCAAAAGGAGUUCUUCAUAGGUGAUAUUGAAGCUAUUUUUACUAACCAUUUUAAAAGUAUUGCUACUUCUUCUAAGCCUCAGAUUAAUAACGACAUUCUGCAGCUUUUUCAAACUUGCGUUUCAGAAUUACAGAAUAACAGUCUUAUCCAGGUGCCUCAGGCUCAAGAAAUAAAGGAUGUGGUUUUUCAAAUCAAACCUUGGGCUUCUCCGGGUAACGAUGGGUUUCAAGCUGGAUUUUAUCAACAUUGUUGGGAUGUUGUUGGCACUGAGGUAAUCUCCAUGGUACAAUAUUUUUUCACUCAUAAACAUAUGUUCAAGGCCAUAAAUCAUACUUAUCAGGUUUUAAUCCCCAAAAUUUCAAACCCAAAAACUCCUGCUGAUUUCAGACCCAUAAGUCUGUGCAAUGUUAGCUAUAAAAUUAUCUCUAAAAUUUUAGCCAACCGCCUUAAACCCCUUCUUCCUGAUAUUAUCUCCCCUACUCAAACUGCCUUUGUUGCAGGAAGACAUAUCCAUGACAAUAUUAUUAUUGUCCAUGAGAUUUUGUUUAGUAUGAAACAUAAAAAGGUUAAGAAGGCUUUGGUUGGUUUGAAAUUAGACAUGUCAAAGGCUUUCGAUAGGGUGGAAUGGUCUUUUCUGCUUUCUAUCUUUCGGCAACUGGGUUUUCAUAAUGAUUGGAUUAGUUUAAUAGAGCAGUGUAUUUCUACUUCAAAUAUUUCCAUUCUUAUCAAUGGCAGUCCUUCUUCAACUUUUUCUCCGACUCGGGGUAUUCGUCAAGGAGACCCAUUGUCUCUUUUUUUAUUUCUUUUUGUUAUGGAAGCUUUUUCUAGACUCCUGCAGCUUAAUGUAGACUCUGGUUGUCUUUCAGGGAUUAGAAUUAAUCAGCACUGCCCUGUAAUUAAUCAUCUGUUCUUCGCGGAUGAUUGUUUGUUAUUUUUUGAAGCUGAUUCUACUCAAAUGCAGCAGCUUAAACACUUGCUUCAUAUAUUUGGACAAGCUUCAGGUCAGGUGAUAAAUAUGCAGAAAUCAACCUUAUUUUUUGGCAAGCACACUUCUAAUGCUCAUAGGUCUAAUAUUAUUGGUAUUCUUGGUAUGAAAGUUAUGGGCCUUGGCGAAAAAUACUUGGGUAUACCUCUUCUGCUGCAUAGAUCCAGACAUAAGAACUGUCAGGGUAUUAUUGAUAACAUGAAUAACAGAUUGCAGGGCUGGCAGAGCAAAAUUGUGAAUCAAGCAGGAAGAACUACCCAGGUUAACUCCGUUCUAAGCUCUAUGGGUCUGUAUCAAAUGCAGGUCUUCAAACUUCCUGAAACAUCUCUUCAUCAAAUGAAAAAAAUUCAGAGAAGCUAUUGGUGGAACAGUUAUGUCAAGCCUCAUUCUCAAAAGUACAUUUCUUGGAAAAAGGACUGGGGUGAUUUGAAUACGUCUAACUACCAGUUGGUUUCUGAUCUUAUAGAUACUGAUACUGAACAGUGGAAUGUGUCGCUUCUUCGUCUCCUUUUUACAGCUGAUCAGGUGAACUCCAUUUUAACCAUUCCCAUUCAGUUAGAUCAAGAGGAUAAAUUAAUCUGGUCCUUUACAACCACUGGUAUUUUUACUACUGCCUCAACUUAUAGGAUGUUGUGUGAUAAGGAUAUCCUAACAGAUAACUCCAUGGGUUUAUCUCAACAUUUUUGGUUAUCCUUUUGGAAGUUGAAAGUACCUUACAAGUUUCAACUUUUCCUGUGGAGAGCUAUUCACAAUGCUGUUCCAGUCAAAGCAAGAAUUUUCACCCAUGUGCAUAAUGCUGAUUUACACUGUGUUCUUUGCAACCACUAUCAAAUAGAAGAUCUGGAUCAUCUUUUUCUUCAUUGCCCUUUCACUAGGGCAAUAUGGCAUUAUUUUUUACCUAAUCAGUUUCAUUUUAUUUUGCAACACUCUUCUCUCUUAUCCUGGAUUCAGACUUGGCAACUCAAAGACUCCAUCAUCAACAUCCAGAAGUCCCCUGAGAUUGUUCACUUAGCUAUGUGCAUCAUGCAUUUCAUAUGGAAGAUUCGAUGUAGUGUUGUUUUUAACAAUACCACCCCCAACCAUAACUCUGUAGUCCAUCAGGUCACUUCAUACAUUCUCCAGCAUCAUCUAGGAAACACUCCUGCUAACUUCAGUCAUCCUAAUGUUCAUAAUAAGCGUUUAUAUCAUAAAUUGGAACCUCCUCCUUUGCAGUACAUAAAAAUUAAUAUUGAUGCUUCUUAUCAUUCUACUUCUUUCUUAGCUGGUAUUGGAAUUAUAAUUCGGAACUCUGCAGGGGCUUACGUCAUGGGAAGGGGAGCCUUGAAAAGAGCUAGUAAUGCUCAGCAGGCUGAAGCUUGGGCAAUGUUGGAGGCUAUGCAACUGGAAGAUUCAAAUGGUUGGUCUCGAGUGAUUUUUGAAUCUUAUAAUCUGGGAAUUUGUUCUUUUCUUCAACAACUAUCUUCUCUUUGUCACUGGCAGAGUAUGCCCCUGUUGCGAAAAUGUGUAAACAUAUGUAAUAUUAAUCCUGUUUGGUCUUGUAGUUUUGUGUAUAGGUCUGCUAAUAAAGUUGCAGAUGCAACAGCGAAGGCAGCUUAUAAACAUAAUCUAUGUGGGGAUUGGUGGUUUCAUCCACCUCCUUUGUUAAUUCCCUAUAUAGAUUGUGAUGUAUCUGGUACUCGUGUUUAA